AUGGCUUGUUUCUCCGUAGCACCCAGCAGUAGCACAGUAUCAAUGAGACAGAUAUAGCACUUCAGCCACUUUGGCAUUCUUCCUGGACUUACAGAACUGAUUCCUCUACUACUUGGAUAGGCAAUGGUUAUCGACAGAGGCUCGUGAUUUUCUUUGAAUAGUUCAAGGUAAAACACCACUGAGAUAUCAUUUUUUUCUGAACUGCGAUUGUGUUUUGUGUUUUAAAGCAGCGGAUUGCCAAACUGGUGCAGUAAAUUUCCAGCAUACAUUUCCCCAGAAUAUGUCGUUGACCAACACAAAGACCGGCUUUUCUGUGAAGGACAUUUUGGACCUCCCUGACACGAAUGAUGAAGAAGGAUCUAUCACUGGACCGGAGGAAGAUAACGAGGGAUCGGAGACGACAAAACCCACUGGAGUUUUGGUACAAAGUCCGCUAGAAAACGUUCACAAUCUGCCUAUAAAGAACCGCUUUUAUGAUAGUAGUGACAAUCCGUACACAAGAUGGCUUGCCACCACAGACACUCUCCAAUAUUCACUGCAUGGUCUUUCAGCAAGUUCUCAAGACUCAGCCAAGUCCCCAGAACCCUCUGCGGACGAAUCGCCAGACAAUGACAAGGAAACGUCAAGCAACGGCAGCGACUCCGGUAAGAAGCGAAAAAGAAGAGUGCUGUUUUCCAAGGCACAGACGUACGAACUUGAGCGUCGGUUUAGGCAACAGAGAUACCUAUCCGCGCCAGAGAGAGAACACCUCGCGAGUUUGAUUCGCCUGACACCAACUCAAGUGAAAAUUUGGUUCCAGAAUCAUCGGUACAAAAUGAAGAGAGCGCGCGCUGAAAAAGGUAUGGAAGUGACCCAUCUCCCCUCUCCCCGGCGGGUGGCCGUACCUGUCUUAGUCAGGGAUGGAAAGCCUUGUCAUACUCUUAAAGCUCAGGACUUGGCGGCCACUUUUCAGGCUGGAUUCCCCCUCUCGGCGUAUAGCGCCCAGACCCUUCAUCAAAUGCAAUAUAAUGCUCAGUACUGCGCCGCCACCACUCCACAAUUCCCUUCAGCACAUCACUUGGUGCAAACGCAACAGUGGACUUGGUGAACUAGUUGAGACUGACGGGGCUGCGGUUUAGGAGCACGAUAGGGAUUUCACUAGAAAAUAAAGACUUUUCAUUUUGCAGCUUGACCCAUAUCUACCAUUUUUUCGGGGCUAAUAUGUGCGCCGUGUUUACAUGUUUUCGUUAAGAGAACUGGGUCCAGCCUCUCCCGAGAUUUAAGAAUGUCAAUGCUCUUGUGAAAUUUUGUACAGUAUGUUUGUGUGUUGUAGAUAUGUUUUAUUUUUGUCCUUCGUGUUAUAAGCACGUGCAAAACCACUUUAUAAUUAUGGAAUAUUUUAUUUCUUGCUUCUUUUACAAUGGACCGAAAAUAUUUAUGGCCAUGAAUAAACAUUGGCAACUUUUAGCUUUUUUCCCUUUGUUUUGUUUUUUUUUGUAAAUACUUUGUGGUAAUUAUU